UAUAUGUAGGUACUAUUCUUUUAUGUUUUCUGUACUUCUGCGUAAUUCAUACCGGAGAGUGGAGGCUGUAGCAGCCGUCUACUGAGUUGCUGACUGAACGACCACAGCGAUGUCAUAAUAUACUAUCUCAGUUCCCGGUUUAUCGCCACCAUUGACACCUGGCCUCGACAACGACAUCCACACCGCCGUCAUGUCCUACACUGAAAAAUUAGCCCCCGGAUCCGAUUCGAACGACGGCGAUGAUGACCAUAAUAUGCAGCAGCAGCCGAAGGCAACCACUGUGGAACAUGAAUACAAAAAAGAAGAAACAACUCGUCAAUAUGAUGAAAACAGUUGUAGCGAAAAUGAUUUACCAGAGGGAUGGGAAAAAAUAGAUCAUGAUAGUGGUAUGCCACUUUAUAUGAAUACAGAAACAAGAGUGUGUUCAUUUUCAAAGCCAUAUUUUCUAGGAGUUAACAGUCUUAAAAACCAUGAAAUUCCAGUAGAAAAUGUACCUUGUUUGUAUCAGAAAUUAAAUAAUGAAACCCAGAAUGAAAUCAAUGUUGCUUCAUCCUCAUCUUCAAUCUCUCCUGCAAACACAUGUCCUUUAACAUUGAGCCAUGCAGAGUAUCGAAAUUACUGUAGUAAAAUAUUCAAAUUUAGAAAUAUUAAAUGUCAUAAAUUUCAUUCGUGGGGAAAGCGCCGAGAAUAUAUACGCGAACAAAAAGCCAAUGCAAAGAUGAAAUAUCUUCAAAGAUCAACACCAAUUUCAACUGCUACCGAUCCUGUUGUCACAAGGAGUAGUAAUAUACUUACAUUCACUGAUCCUGAAAAUCUGCAAUAUAUAAUUAAUUUAAAAAGUAAAAGUUACAUUGGUAUAUUGUAUGAAUACAUUCAACGUGUAAUGAAAACUUCAAGUCAUUCAUUUGUGGUUAAAGAAAUUGAACAAUCUAAAUAUCCAUAUUUAUGCACCGUAGUCUUAGAUGGAAUACAAUAUGGUAUGGGUACGGGCUCAACCAAAAAACAAGCUAAAAUCGAUUCUGCGAGAGCUACUCUUCAAAUAUUAUUACCUUCCGUCAAACAAUUUCAGAUUGAUAAGUUAAGUCAAACCAAGAAUGAAAUUCAAGAGAAUAAUUAUCUUGAACAAUACAAAAUCUUUGACAAAUUAAAAGUAAAAGAUCCUAUUAUACCACAAAUGUGUGCUGAAUCUACCGAAUCCACACCAUAUGAAAUGUUACAGCUUUGUGUGAAAAGAAAUUUUGGCGAAGGUGCAAAUCUAUUGAGUGAAGUGGAACAGAUGCAAAGUGGGUCUGAUACAGAAAAUUUUUAUCGCUGCACAAUGACUGUAGAUAAAUAUUCUGCAACAGUUAUUUGUAAAAAUAAACGUGAUGGUCGCCAAAAAGGGGCUCAAGCUCUAUUAAAGAUAUUGCACCCUCAUGUUCAUUACUUUGGAUCUUUAUUAAGAUUGUAUAGCAAUCAACAUUUUGAACACAAUGAGAACAAACCAAACUCACCUGAAUCCAAAACCGAAAAAAUUAGAAAUGGUCCAGAUGUUAAUCUUCUUCAAAAGUUGAGAACAGCAAUGUUAAAACUGGAAUCACAAACGAAUGAUUGAAAGAAAAUGAAAAAAUUAUUUCAAAACAAUAUAAUAAUGCCUUGAUGCAAACAGGAGAAAUGUCAUAACAAUAUUAAGUUUUUCCUACUACUAUUUAUUAUAUAAUUUAGUAUACCACUCUUUCAGGAACUCUUAAUAUAAUUUUUGAUAUUAC